AUGGAACUACCAUCCCAAGCAGUUGACAUGUCCCGACUGAACUGGCCACUUAACAUCGUCUUAGCAGACCCAACUUUCCAUCAACCCGGUCCUAUCGAUCUAAUAUUUGGAGUGGAAAAUUUCUACGAUCUGUUGCGGGAGGGACAGAUCAAAAAUAGUCAUGAGGAACCUCUAUUGCAGAGUACCGCUCUUGGGUGGGUGGUGUCAGGCCGAGUCAACGUAGUUGCUUUACCGUCGUUCACGAGCUUCGCACAUAUGUGUAGUACACCGUCAUUAGAAGAACAAUUAACACGCUUCUGGGAGAUUGAAGCUUGUCAUUCGAAAAGCACAUUAUCGUUAGAGGAGUCUGCUUGUGAAGAACAUUUCGCAACCAAUACUAUUCGAAAUUCUUCAGGUCGUUUCGUCGUCGCCUUGCCAAAGAGAAGUUCAGUGAUCGCAGAGCUAGGAAACUCAAAGGCCAUUGCUACUCGUCGCUUUCAUUCCCUCGAACGACGCCUUACUGCAAAUCCUGUACUGAAAGAAGCUUAUUCUGAAUUCAUUCACGAGUACGCCCAGCUCGGGCAUAUGAAGCUGAUUAAUGAUAUUGCCGAUUCUGAUCGAUCCUCUCCGUCCUAUUAUUUGCCUCACCAUUGCGUCGUCCGACCAGAUAGCAUCACCACUAAACUCCGUGUGGUCUUCGAUGCUUCGUGCUCCACAGACACAGGAGUGUCUUUAAACGACUUACUAAUGGUCGGUCCACUCGUGCAGGAUGACCUUCUUACCAUUAUCCUACGAUUUCGGAUGCCACAGUUUGCUAUCAUCUCUGACAUCUAA